AUGGAGAAAGAGGAAGCCCUGAGGAAAGAAAUGGAAAAUUUGUCUGAAGCACUCGGGAAGAGCCAGGGAACUUGGAAAAGCCUCCUGGAAGAGAAAACCACCUGGGGGGAAGAGAAGAACAGGCUCCUAUCGCAGAUCUCCCAGUUGCAGGACCAGAGCUCGACGCUGAAGGAAGCGGCCCGACAGGCGGAGACGCGAGUGACAGCCCUCGUCGCGGACGUCACGGCGGGGGAAGCUGUGAGGGCGCAGGUGGAGAGCGAGCUCAUUGCCCUGAGGCAGACGGUGGAGGAGAAGGCGCAGGUGCAGGCGAGGGAGCAGGAAAGGCACGCUCGGCGCGUCCGGGAGCUCGAGGAGCAGCUCCGCCUCCGGGAAGCGAACGCGGUGCAGGUCGAGAACGGGCACAACGAGGUGCUGAGCAGGGUGGAGGGGGAUUUGCGCCGCUUGAUCCAGUCCGUGAGGAAUGAGGUCAAUGCGUUCCACAUGGCGUGUCCGUAUCCGGAGAGCGGCAGCGGUGGGGAUUCGUUGACGUCCGAGUCGGAGUCUUCGAGCUUGGAGUUGGGAGUGACCGAGUCGGACGUCCUGAUCAAAGAACUGAAUCACGUGAUCCAGUAUGCCAUAAAAUCGGCGGCCGAGAAAACCGAGGCCGAUUCGCGGUGGACGGAGGCGGAGCGACACGUGGCAAGUCUGCGCGAAGACUUGGAAGCGACCAAAAAGAACCUAGUGGAGGUGGAGAGCCAGGUCCAGGCGUCUCAACGCAGCCAGGAGACGAUGCGACAGAAACUGAUACAGGUCGCUGGGGAGGCUGCAGACGGGUCGAUGCCUUCGGAAGAUCUCCUGAAUGAGGUCGCGUCGGCGACUAUCAACCUCAAAAACGAGGCCCGGGCCUUGGCCCGAGUCUUGAACGUGGCCAAAGAAUCAGGUGUUCAUGUUGCCAUUGAAGAAUCUAGUCUUCCGGAAUCGGAACUCUCUUGCGAAGUCAAGGAGAUUCUGGUGAAGCUCAGGGAUCGAGAAGAAGCAGCAGCGCGCCUGCAGAAGGACCUCUCUCGCAUUCUCCGAUUCGUCGAGGAACAAGAGCAAGAACAAGGAAGCGAGCGCGGCGAGGGAGACGUGAUGGACCGACUGACGGCCGUCCUCCGCUUCAGACGAGACCAGUGGGAGUCCAAGGACGCGAAGAUCGACCAGCUAGAGGAGGAAGUGGAGACACUGAAGGCCCGGCUCGCGGCGCAGGAGCCCAAGCCGACCAAAGCCCAGAAGACCCUGGAGCGGAAGCUGGCGGCGUUCCGCGACGAGCUGACCUCCCUCCAGGAACGCCAUCGGGAGGAGCUGGAGGAUCUCCGCCAGACCCACCAGUUGGAGAUGGAGGAGCUCGAGAGGGCCCUCCUCGAGAAGCACUCGCCUCGGGAAAGCUACGAAGACCGCACGAAAUCGCUCCUGGAAGAAAGGGAGAGGCUGUUAGACCUGAACAGUUACCAAGUGAAGCUGAUCGUGGAUCUGGCCCAAUACCUGUCCGUGGUGCAAGGAACAAUUAAAGAGGCGUUCCCUCACGAUCAGUUCCUCCUCCCGAUCUCCCUCAGUUCCACGUCCCGCCUGUACCUGCCGGAGAGAAUGUCUCCGGAAGGCAGCGCCGUCGAGAACGGGGACAGCGAACGGAGUCAGCCGAGCCAGGAAGAGGACGAAGGCGGGGAAGAAGGCGAAUCGCCUCAGCACGAGUUGCUCCGGCGGCAGCAGGAGGACAGCAGGAACUCGCUGGAAGUGUCGUCCCGGCGGAUCCACCACAGCGGUUCCCUGCUCGACUUCACCUUCCUGGAGGAGCUGGGGGAGGGCGUCCCGGACGGGAAGGCGUUCCGCAGCUGCAAGGACCGCCUCCAGGGCCUCAGCUCCCAGGUCCAACUGUCCACCUCGAGGCUCGUCGCCGCCGUCGACUCCGGUCACCGGGAGGGGGAGGAUCCCGAGGGCCCCGAUCGUCUCUGCUCCGUCAUCUGGGAGGCGGACGUUCACCAUCUCCAGGGACAGCUGGAGCUGGUCACAGAGGAGCUGAAGCAGGAGCGGGAGAGGAAGGAGAGCCUGGCCGUGGAGCACAGUCGCUGCCAGGAUGUCAUCCGGAGCCACAGAGAUGAAGAACGUCACCUCAGGGAGCAUGUCAAGUCCGUGGAGAAGCAGCAAGAGGCCUUGGAGGAGUUGGUGGACGAGCUGAGGUCGAAGGUCGAGUUUCUCGAGAGGGAGGAGAACCAACCCAAGACGGUGGAGGAAAUCCACUCCACUCGAAUGGACUGGCUCACCGAGGUCCAUGACAAAGCCAAGGAACUGAUGAAUGAGAAGGAGAUAGAGGCUCUGGACAGGAGGAUGCUGCUUACCCGGGUUCAUGAGCUUGAAGUAAUGUUCGAAGAAGUCACAUCGGAGAGCGAGCGGCUUCGCGAAGAGUGCCACAGGGAGGUUGAGGAUCUUCGACAUCAGGUGGAGGCAGCAGACAAUCAGUUGAAGUCGGUGAGACGGUUCCUGGACGAACAGGCAGCAGAGAGGGAACAGGAGCGGGAAGAGUACGGGAAGGAGAUCCAGUGCCUGAUGGAUGCCUUGAAGGGGAAGGACAAAUCGGGCACUGCUGAGCAUGACCUCCAUCUAGAGAUGGAACGACUUAACAGUCAACUGAAGGAGCGGCACGAGAAGGCAACACAAGCUGACAAGUGCAUAGCAGAGUUAGAGAAGCAACUUGAGGCAUCCAAUGACAAGAUGGGGAUCCUGAAGGAGAGGAUUUCAGCACUGGAGACUCAGUUGGAGCAGAAGAGCGAGAGUGAAUCCAUCUUGCGAAGACAAAUUGGGGACCUGGAGGUGGCACUGCAUCAACAGGAGGAACUUCUUAUGCAGCUUGAAGAGCGAGAUCGGAGUCGAGUGGAAGCCGACACCUCCAUUGCGGCGACGGAGAGCUCGGAAUGCAGCUCCCACGGUCCUGCCGUCCACCUUCAGUGUCUCCGAGAUGAGCUGCGACAACAGGCAGGCCUCUGUCUCUUUUGUCCAUGGGUACAAGGAAUGGGAAAUGAGAGCCUGGGCUCCACAGAAAGCCUUCUGAGCAGCACGUUACUGAAGGAGCGGGGGGAGUUCAUGGACCCGGGACUGACGGAAGAACUGAAACGCUUGGAGGAGAAGCUGGAAUUCCUGGCCAAAGCUGAGGAAUCCCUCCUCCUCAAGACCAGAGAAUUUGAGGAGCAGCUAAGGGCAUCUCGCAAGAGGGAACAGGAACUGGAGGGUGAUCGCCGAGAACUGCAGAGGCAGGUGAACGCACACCUGCAGACGAUCUCGGACCUCCAGACGGCCCUGGAGGAGGAGAAGCACGGGAGCCUGGACCCCGAGGAGCUCAUGGAGCGCAUUGCCCUCCUCACCCAGGAGCUCCACUCAGUGCGGGUCAUUGCAGACUCCAAGGAACGACAGUUGGAGCAGCUUAGAUUUGAUAGUGAGGAAGCAAAGAAGAAAUUGGUGUCGAGAGAAGAGGAGCUGAACAAGUUGCGAGGGAAGGGGACGUGCCAACUUCGACACUGGGUCGCCGAGGACGAUCGACGACUCGAGGAGCUCCGUGCGGAGAAUCAGACUCUCGGGGAGAGGCUAGGAGCCCUGCAAGAGGACGUGAAGAAGAUCCCCAUUCACAUCCUCUCUCAUUACUUGGAAGGGGAUGCGACCGAUCCCUUCUCCUCGCUCUUAAAUCAAUCCUCACAGGAUGGAUGCGUGGAGGUUGAGGUGUUGAGGAAAGACCCCAGACAGACAUCCUCACUCAGUGCCAUCCUUCCACCUUCCAGCUUCCGAGUCCAUUUUCAGCCCGAAGAUUUCUCGAGCAAAGGAUCGAGUCGCCUGCGAACGCCGAUUGAGGGCGAGGACCCCGUGUUCCUCACUCCCGAUUCUGUCGAACGGUCCAGGAGCCCCGAGGCAGACGGCCCAGACGAACCCGGGCGUCACGACAUCUCGUUCGAAGAGGCUCUCUUGGAACGAGAGCAAGAGAUCAAAGACUUGCAGAAAAUAAUUGAGGAGAAGACACUGUCCUUGGAGCGAAAGAGCUUUGAGCUGCAAGAACUGAGCCAGGAGUGCGAUGACUUGAGGGCCGAGGCCGACACGGCUCGGCAGGAGGGACACCGGAUCCAGGCCGCACUCGACGACGUUUGUGCCACGCUGGAUGAGGAAAGAGGAGCAAGGUGGAAGAAGGAAGAGGAGCUGAAGGGAAAAGAAGUGGAGUUGGAUGAAUUGAGGAGAAAUCUUGCCGGGAUGCAGGACCUCCUCAAGCGGAAGGAGGCCGAGUACCAGGACCUUAUGGACGAGCAGAGGGAUUUGGAGAGCAGAGAAGUCCUGGCCAAGCAAGUGAGGGAGUGGAAGUCCCAGGUGGAAGUGUUGACCAAGCAGCAGGGCGAUCUUGAGAGGAAGCAUCGUGACGCCUUGCUCAGGCUCAAGGACGAGUUAGAGGCGGUCAGGGGCUCCGUGAAGGUCAAGGACGAGGAGAUCUCGGCUCUCAAGAAGCAUUUUACCGAUCAGCAUCAAUUGGACCUACAUGAGAUCCCAACGGUGGAGGCGCUGGCGAGACGCAUCCGAGACGAAGUGAAGCAUUCGGAAUUGCUGGACCGGAGGCUUUUCCACCACCUAAAGAAGCCCGGCGGGGGGCGAGGAGACGAGGAGACGGAGACGUCCAGCACCGACGACGAUGCCUCCGUCUCCCAUCGCGUCCAGAGUCUCCUCAGCAAGGUCCAUAAGGAAGGCCUUCAGGUCCUGAAUCUCUCGGAGCAGGCGAGACGAGGCGGGGGAGACGUGGCCGACGUGAGCGCCACGCUCCAGAAUCUCCUCACCCGAUUCGCCCAGAGGGAGCAAGGAUACAAGAAGCAAGUUGAGGUGCUGGAGUAUAAGGUGCAGCAGGAGAAGAUCCUGAGCAAUGAUCUCAAGGCCACGUUGGACCUGGAGAAGCAGCGGGGUCUCGACCUCCUCACUAAGGUGAGCUCGGAGCGCGUGCGGGUGGCAUCGCUGGAUGCGGAGAAGGACUCGCUCUGCUCGCAGCUGGAGCAGUGGAAACUCCGAGCCGAUCGGGACCAGGCGCAGAUCUACACUCUCUCGAGGGAGGUGGAGACGAUGCAGCACCAGUCGAGGAAGCUGGAGUCGGCCCUGCGCGUGGAGCGGGGGAACUUCGCACAGCUCACGGAGAUGCUGGACAAGGAGCGGAGUCUGUUCCAGGUCACCUCGCUCCGCGACAAGAAGUUCAUCCAGGAACUGAGAGAGAAGUUGAGCAAAAAGCAGGAAGACUUCUGUUCCGUGCUGAGGAAGUUGGAUUCUAAAAAGGAAGUUGCAGUUCCGACGUCCGACUCCCAUCUGGUCGAGAGUCUCACGGAGGAGCUCACUGUGGCUCGCGUUCAGUUGCUGAAGGCGGAAGAGUCCGCUCGGGAGAGGGAGAGGCUGAGGGAGGAGCGGGAGCAGCUGGUCCGAGACGUGGAGCGACUUCGAGACGCCCUCAGGCUCAAGGACAGGGAGCUGCAGGGGGUCCUCGAACGACAGGUACGGUCUCGGGUGAUGGGGGGAGGGACGAGUGGUGGGGGUGGUGCUUCACGGGUGCUCUUCGUGCAGGAGGAGGAGGAUGCGGAGAGGGUGAGGUGGAACAUCCCUCUCAUGAGUCUGGUCACGACGUCUUCCGAGUAUCCGGCCACGCUGGUGAGUGCGGUUGGAACGAGUGCUUGGGCUGGGGGAGGGGUGGAGGUCACCCGCCGGGGAGGCGUCCCGAGUGGGGGGUGA